ACCGCCUCGUCCUUCAGCCUGUCAACAACCUCCUGUGUUUCCUCCUCCAACUGCAGUAAAUAUGAAACCCCCGUGUGUGCAGUGUGAACCAGGCUGGGAGCUAAACCAAAUGAACUGUUAUUAUUUUAACACCAACAAAUCCUCCUGGAAUGACAGCAGACGUUCCUGCACUGAUCUGGGAUCAGACCUGGUGAAGAUCAACAGCAGAGAGGAGCAGGCGUUUCUGGCGAGAAGAGUGGGAGACAUAAUGGAGAACUUCUGGGACCGGUUCUGGAUCGGACUGACGGACUCAGAGGAAGAAGGCAGAUGGUUCUGGGUGGACGGAUCACCUCUGGACAAAAGUUUAAGUUUUUGGGAUAGAUUACCUGAUGACUGGAAAGGUCCUAAGGGAACAAAUCCAGAGGGAGAAGACUGUGCAAUAAUGGGGACUAGAGGAGGAUCCCAGAACCUCAAAUGUUGGUACGAUGUUUUCUGUUCUAAUUCUCAAAAAAGUGUCUGUGAGAAAAGUCCAGAAACUGGAUAGACAUUUUGUGUGUGUGUGUGUGUGUGUGUGUGUGUGUGUGUGUGUGUGUGUGUGUGUGUGUGUGUGUGUGGCAUGGGUGCCUGUAGGAUAUCAUUGUAUUGUGCACAAAACCAUCACUGCACCUGACUCACACUAACACAACCACAGGCAUCAUGUGCAUAAAACCGCCAUGUUGUCAAAUUUUGUAUGAGCUCCAAAACCAAAGAGAAUGAAAUGAAUUUAUUUUAUGAAUUUAUUAUUUUUUUAUGUUUUCACACAAACCUACAAGAUGUAAAGAUGCAGAGUUUGUGUGAAUGAUGUCAGGUUCAUUUACAGCUCAAUGUUAGAUGAGUUUCUGCUUUCUAAUGUCUGUCUCUGUUUUUUUUUUAAUCUUAUUUUAACUCAUGCAGCAUUAAAACAACUUAAUAAAGAGACAACACAUUCAUGGUCGUUGCUCAUACAAGUAAAAAAAAGUUUGCUGCACAAAACGUGUUUUUCUGUAAAUAUUUAACCAGGACAGUUUCAUAUAAAGCUCUGAUAUUUUCUCAGCUCUUUUUAAGUUUUAAAGGGACGGUUCUGAAAAUGGAGUGAAAAGAUAAUUUUACCAUCAGUCUCUUUUAUUUACCUUUAUGUUUUAUGUGAUUGUUUAAAGUGAUGCAGCGUUUAAACAUAUUUAUAAUCAGACAACAUGUUAAUGUUGAGUUUAGAUUAAAAACAUGCACUGUACAAAAAGCUUUUUUCUGUAAAUAUUACAGCUUUGAUAGUUUCUUAACUAUGUUUCACUAUCAGUCUCUUUUAUUUACUUUUGUGUUUUUAUGAGAUGUUUUCAACUCAUAAAAAAUAUUAUUUCUUUUGGAGCUUAUAACU